CGAACGCUGAACUGUGUGAACGUAUUCCAGUUUAUUUUGUCCUCGUUGCCGAUUCAUUGGUCGUGGCUUCAAGGGUUGAGGUCAUCUCUGGUUUGGCGGAUUAUUUGCGGAAGAUUUGGCACAGAUAGUUUGAAAAUGGAUAGUUGGUUGAAGGAUCGGUUAACCCGAUACCUCUGCUUCGAGGUGCCGGAUGAAAUGGUCAGCUACAUCUUAACCAUCCGGGGUGAUCAACAGCUUGACGAGUAUUUCAAAACUCUGCUGGAUUUCAACAAUCCGGAUCAUGUUGGGUUUUUGAACGAGUUCAAACAACGUUUGAGAAAAAGUCCUUCGGAUGGCCGGGGUGGAAAAGGGCAAAAGCCAAAUAAGAGUCAGCAACAACAUGGCAGGAAAGUAGAGCAGCCGAAACAGACGGUACACAAAAAAGAACCACUUCCCAAUGUGGCGACUGGUUCUUCUGGUGGAUCUUCUGCUGCAAUCAACAGCGUUUCUAACGUGGGCAACCCAGCAGGUGGAAAUCAGGGAGCAGUUAAGAAAAAAACAAAAUAUGUAAACCUGUACGAUCAGGAAGGCCGGGCAAAUGUUGUCUUACUGAAGGGACGCCAUUUAUGUGAUUGUCAGGCUUCGAAGCAUAAGCUUAUAAACAAUUGUUUGCAUUGUGGCCGAAUCAUUUGCGAACAGGAAGGUAGCGGGCCCUGUUUGUUUUGUGGCAGUUUGGUUUGCACCGAUGAGGAACAACGGAUGAUAGAAAGUUCCUCGAAAAAGGGUGACAACCUCAAGAGAACUCUCAUGGAGCAAAGCAGACCAAAGGGGUGGGAAGAGGCGGUGGCCACAAGAAACCGCCUGCUGGAAUAUGAUCGCAACAGCGAGAAAAGAACUACGGUUAUCGAUGAUGAAGCCGACUAUUUCCGGGCCAACUCGGUUUGGCUUUCGGACAACGAACGGAAGAAGUUGGAAAAGCUUGAAAGUGAAAUGCGUGAAAAAAAACACUCAAGUCGGUUGACCCGAAAGGUAACACUUGAUUUCGCGGGAAGACAAAUCGUCGAAGAACCCGAACUGACGCUGGAAAUUGAGGACGACGUUUUAAAAAAAAUAGUCGAUUCAGUUAGAGAAGAGGGCUCAGGAAGUAUGCCCAAAAGUAACAGCGGAAAACACGGAUGGAACAAGAAACAAAGGGAUGAACAGUCGGAUGAUAUACACCCAGGAAUAGUUGGUGACGCACCAAUGUUUUUAGAUUCGGUAACAUCUUCGUUGGACCAAAAUCGUCAAAUGUUUUUCACCGGAUAUGACGGAGUUUAUAGUAAAGUGCAGGACAAGGAAUUCCUGGAGAUGUCGGAUCUCCGGCAUUGCCUCACGAUGCACCAACCGUGGGCUUCGUUGUUGAUUACAGGAAUCAAAAGGCACGAAGGGCGCACGUGGUAUUCCUCACACCGCGGUCGCCUGUGGAUCGCAGCCGCUGCGAAGCCCGUAAAUAUUGAAGCCAUCAAGCAGAUGGAAACCUUCUACCGGCUAGUGUACCCUGACGAGGAAUUUGAGUUCCCUUCACAGUACCCGUCUGGGUGUUUGCUGGGGUGUGUUGCGGUGCAAGACUGUCUGCCCCAGGAGGAGUAUCGGAAGCAAUACCCCGAUGGCGAAUCCGAGAGUCCGUACGUGUUUGUGUGCACUGAUCCGCAGGAACUGCCCAUUCGUUUUCCGGUCAAGGGAGAACAUAAAAUUUAUCAACUGGAUUCCAAAAUUCAUCAGGCGGCUGUAAAAUCUUUGCAGCGGCUUUCCAAGCUCAAAGCAGAAGAGUAAGGAUCUAUGCCCAUAUAAACGGUAUUUAUUUUUAUUUCAUCUUUUAUAUGGAAUAAUAUAUUUUAUUCUGUUAGUAA